CUCCUCCUCCUCCUGCUCCUCCUCCUCCUCCUCUUCCUCCCUGGACCCGUCCUCUGUUCUUGGGGAAGAUGGGUUGUUUGGGAAACAGCAAGACGGAAGACCAGAGGAACGAGGAGAAGGCUCAGCGAGAAGCGAACAAGAAGAUCGAGAAGCAGCUGCAGAAGGACAAGCAGCUGUACAGAGCCACGCACAGGCUGCUGCUGCUGGGAGCUGGAGAGUCAGGAAAGAGCACCAUAGUGAAACAGAUGAGGAUCCUUCAUGUCAACGGCUUCAAUGCAGAAGAGAAGAAGCAGAAAAUUCAUGACAUCAAGAAUAAUAUUAAAGAGGCUAUUGAGACCAUAGUAACAGCUAUGAGCAGCCUGGCACCACCAGUGCAGUUGGCCUGCCCACAGAACCAGUACCGGAUCGAAUACGUGCUCAACCUCGUCAGCCAGAAGGACUUUGAGUUUCCCUCCGAGUUUUAUGACCAUACGAAGACGCUGUGGCAGGAUGAGGGGGUCAGGGCGUGCUUCGAGAGAUCCAACGAGUACCAGCUAAUCGACUGUGCACAAUAUUUUCUAGACAAGAUUGACAUUGUGAAACAGAAUGACUACACUCCAACAGAUCAGGAUUUGCUGCGGUGCAGAGUUCUGACUUCAGGCAUCUUUGAGACAAGAUUCCAAGUGGACAAAGUUAAUUUCCAUAUGUUUGAUGUUGGCGGUCAAAGAGACGAACGCAGGAAAUGGAUUCAGUGCUUUAACGAUGUAACGGCCAUCAUCUUCGUGGUGGCCAGUAGCAGUUACAACAUGGUGAUCAGAGAGGACAAUCAGACCAACCGUUUACAGGAAGCUCUCAACCUCUUCAAGAACAUCUGGAACAACAGGUGGCUGCGGACCAUUUCUGUCAUCUUGUUCCUAAAUAAACAGGACCUGUUAGCAGAGAAGGUGCUGGCAGGGAAGUCCAAAAUCGAGGAAUACUUUCCUGAAUUUGCUCGCUACACCACACCUGACGAUGCGACACCAGAGCCUGGAGAAGAUCCACGUGUUACAAGGGCAAAGUACUUCAUAAGAGAUGAAUUCCUGAGGAUCAGCACAGCGAGCGGUGACGGGAGGCACUACUGUUACCCCCACUUCACCUGCGCCGUUGACACAGAAAACAUCCGUCGUGUCUUCAACGACUGUCGAGACAUCAUUCAGCGGAUGCACCUGCGACAGUACGAGCUGUUGUGAUGGGAGAAAGAAAAAAAAGUGUUUGGCCAAAAACACAUGAACUGGACUAUGAAAGACCCCUGAGUCUCUGAACUCCCCUCCUCCACAGAAGUGUGUGAGCUCUUGUGAAGGAACAGGGGCCAAAACGUACACACACACACACACACACACACACACACACACACACACACACACACACACACACACACACACACACACACACACACACACACACCCCACACCCACAGACACCCUUACAGUAAACACACCUUCAACCCAGAACUUCCCCUGAUGCAACCUCCGUACCUGCAGUAGACAGAGCUAUUUUGAUGGAGGGUUUUAGGGGUUAACACAUGAACAGACUCUGAUCUUCACCUUCAGCCAUCCUCCCAGCUCCACUCCUCUCAACAUCAUAUAUCUUCCCCCCACACAAGUUACUCUCACCUUUCUAGAAACGCAGGUCGGCCCAGUCUGGACUGUAUGAACUGCAGUGUGGAGGGUUUGAGCCGCGGUUGGGAAUUUGCGAUUUCCCUCUGAAGGGAAACGGCGCGAGCUACUACUUCAGUAGAACUGGGAAACGGAUAACUGUUGAAUUAUUGUCGUAACAGAUCAGCUGAACACUGUAUCUAACAAAAAAACAAAAAGCACUGUGCUCAGACUCAAACCGUGAACACCAAUCCUUCAUAUCACUCACACACAUUCAUAAUUUCAACCACAGAAUCUGCUCAAACACAGAAACGUAUCACACCUGCUUUUAACUGGACUGCACAACCGGUUGGUUCCGGACAUGUACUGAUAUGCCGACGAGUGGCAGCCUGGUUGAGCUGUCGGCUGAUUUUUCCGGCGCAGUGCUUUGAGAUUAAACGGACGGAGUGACUGCGCAGCUGAGCCCCGAGGAGCAGCGUUACCACGGACUCAACGGACCAGGGGUGUGUUGUGAUCAGUUGGGCCCGCAGGGAUGGGGUGGGGUGAAGGUUCACAAGAACAGGACAGAGCCAACUCCGAUGUGAGUCCCUGAUGGAGUCUAGACACGUUUUACAGAGACGACGAUGACAGUCCCUUGACUUCUCCACAGACCUGUUUUGCCACCUGACUUCGUCUGGUUGGUAGUGGAGCAAAACGUGAGGAGGACACAUUGAGUUAAAAACAAAAAAGAAACAAAAAAAAUACCAACUUUUAUGGAGCUUGACUGACGGAGGGCAGAAAGCAUCCUACUACAGUACAGUACCAUAUAAGUUAAAGAGAGCUCUCAUCUUGUCAUGAUUGACCCUGUUUUACUGUCUCCACAGCUGUUUUUGUCUGUGUAGACUUUGUGCCAUUGUGCCCUGUGCGCUCUCUUUCUUUAUCUUUACUCUCUCCGUCUUGGUCGUUCUCUCCUUUUUUCACCCCUCUUCUUUCUCCUCUGAUGAUUUGACCAUCCAUCUUGACAUUUCUCCUCCCUCUCUCUCAUUUUCUCCUUCACUCCCCUUCCUCUCCUCUGACCACGACCUUCCCAUCUGCACUUCUACCUUCCUGGCAGUGCUCUUUUCAAGAGAAAACAAAAUAUAAUAAUCCUAAAGUAUAAAAUAUAAGAUGACGACAACAAACGGGACACUAAUGUUUUUUUUGUUUUUAUGUUAUUUUUAUACUUGUGUGGUCAAACAGCCUGCUCGAACCUCCCCCACUAUUCCCUCCCUCCUGCCUUUCCUCCUUCCUCCCUGACCUUUUGCUCCUUUGUAUGUCUGUCUUUACAUUACUGCUGAACUAUUAUUCUUGUACAGACUGUAAAAUGUAUUAUUUUGUACAACUUUAUUGAAAAAAAAUAACUUUUAGAAGAUCCCUGUGCCUUGAUCACGACUGUACGUGUGUAAUGAGCUAAAGUGGGUGUCAUACUGCGCUGUAUAGCUUGGCCAAUCCCCUCCUAACUCCCAGCCUCCCUCUCCACUUCCUUUUCUCUUUCUUUCUUUCUCUCUCUCUCCUUAUCCCUCUCGCUCUUUAUCUCUCUCUCUCCCCUGUCCUCUCUCUAUCUCUCUCUCCCUCUCUCCCUCUCCUCUGGGACAGCGGACAACCAUUCGUAGCUUUUGUAGUUUUAUUUCUCUCCCAUACCCUCCCAUUCUCUCUUUAUGAUUUAAAUGUCUAUUUUUGAAUCCAUAUACCCCAAAAAGAUAAAUAUAUGAAAUGUAUAUGGGUUUUAAAAAAAGUAUUUUAUUAGAAUCAAAUGAACCUUGACAAAUUGUACACUUGAUAGUGUGCGUAUUGCUAUAACUUAAAUGCUUUCAACUGAAGUUGUGUUCAGGUUUCUUUUGUUUUCUUUCAGUGACAUCUGCAAAGGACAUUCUGAAGGGUUAAAGAGGAGAUGACAGAUGCAAAACUUUGCUUGUUUCUACACAAAUUGUAUUCUUUUGCAAAAAAAAAGGCUAAAAAAUAUGACAAAAAAAGAAUCAAUUUCAGUUCAUUUUCUGAUGCACAGCAGAGGCGGCCUGUACAGUAUUAGCAUCUCUCUCCUUUCAGAGCCCUAGUCCUCAUUUAAUGUGUACAACAAAUAUGGGUCUCUACUUUCUGAACAGAAGCUCUAAGAAAUAAAGGUUGUUUUCUUUUGGUGCAGACAGCAGCAGGUCUGUGAUUACAUAUGUAAAUGCACUUACAGACACAGGCCACAGUACUUUCUCAUUUUUUACAAUCUUAUCCCUACAUUUUAACAAGCCAAAAGUGUUGAAAAGGCAGGCUGGAGGAAAUGAAGAUUCCUGUUUGUUUACCAAUCAUUUCCCCUUCAGAUUCACAGAGUAUGUAUUUAUGGGGACGACCAUUCAGAUUGCAAAAAACUGUUUCUGACGGGAGGGCCUCUGGUUUUGAAGCUCAACAAUGUGGUAAUUCAGGUUAAAAAAUGACAUAAAGUCCCCGUCCCCAUAAAAGUGUAACCGGUUGCUUAUAUUCUGCAGCCAGAUCCUCAGUGAAUAUCCAACCUUAUACGGGAAAUACAAGUCCUGACAUUUUUUAUGAAGAAUUGAAACUGUUGAGAGGAAUAACUUUACCCCCAAUUUUGUCAAAUAUCCAGCCAGCCCCUGAGUAAACUUCACACCAUCAAAUUCACACGGCAAGUAGGUUCACACACAAAGUGUUAAAUUUAACUUUUUCAUCUCUUUUAUACCGCAAAUACAAGACAAAACUUAAUUCACCCCAAGGGAAUGUUUUGUGGCCAAAUAUGCUUGAUAUACAUGAUGGAUAUACACAAGACUCCAAUCACAGAUUUAUCGUUCAGCCCAAGUGUUUUAAAGCCACAAUGUGAAUUUACAAAUACAACAUUUACCUUGUUAAAAUGUUCUAUUUGAUGCUUUUUGAGAUGUGAAAUUAUUGCCAUACAACCAAUAGUUGAGCUUUAUUUACAGGAGCAAAUUCACUCUGUUUGGUGGGCCUAUCAACAUGAUGAGGAGGUAAGC